GUAUGGCAGGGAGGGGUUCUUUACCCGGUCAGGCAGCUGAAGCUCGGCGCUUGGGUUACCCCUGCAGCGACGCCCCCUGGUCCCACCGCCACCACUGCUGCUCCCGCCCCUUCACUCCUCGGCCGCGCAAUGGGCACCCGCGACGACGAGUACGACUACCUCUUCAAAGUUGUCCUUAUCGGAGAUUCUGGUGUUGGAAAGAGUAAUCUCCUGUCUCGUUUUACUCGAAAUGAAUUUAAUCUUGAAAGCAAGAGCACCAUUGGAGUAGAGUUUGCAACAAGAAGCAUCCAGGUUGAUGGAAAAACAAUAAAGGCACAGAUAUGGGACACGGCUGGGCAAGAGCGAUAUCGAGCUAUAACAUCAGCAUACUAUCGUGGAGCUGUAGGUGCCUUGUUGGUUUAUGACAUUGCUAAACAUCUCACAUAUGAAAAUGUAGAGCGAUGGCUGAAAGAACUGAGAGAUCAUGCUGAUAGUAACAUUGUUAUCAUGCUUGUGGGCAAUAAGAGUGAUUUGCGUCAUCUCAGGGCAGUUCCUACAGAUGAAGCAAGAGCUUUUGCAGAAAAGAAUGGUUUGUCAUUCAUUGAGACAUCAGCUCUAGAUUCUACAAAUGUAGAAGCUGCUUUUCAGACAAUUCUGACAGAGAUAUACCGCAUUGUUUCCCAGAAGCAAAUGUCAGACAGACGUGAAAAUGACAUGUCUCCAAGCAACAAUGUGGUUCCUAUUCAUGUUCCACCAACCACUGAAAAUAAGCCAAAGGUGCAGUGCUGUCAGAACAUAUAAGGCGUUUCUCUUCUCCUAUAGAAGGCUGUGUAUAGUCCAUUUCCCAGGUCUGAGAUUUAAAUAUAUUUGUAAUUCUUGUGGUCACUUUUGUGUUUUAUUACUUCCUCAUACUUAACAAAUUUUCUGUGUUUUAAGUCUUGAUUUUAGCUUUAUAAAAUCAUCCAUUUGUCCCGAAUGACUGCAGCUUUUCUUCAUGCUAUGGCUUCACUAGCCUUAGUUUAAUAAACUGAAUGUUUGGAUUCUUCAA